UGGUGGGGUCCUUCCGUGUGUUGUCUCUGCGCAUAGACCGAAAAUCGACGCUGAGUUUCCUUUGAGGACUCACACCAAAUAUUGUUCUUGUUCAUUGCACUUGCGUUUUUGUUUCAUUUUUAAGAGCCUGUAUGCAUAGGUAACAGGGAUGGACCCAAUGAAUACACAGGUUUAUGCACCCCAGGCCGCCAAAAGGAAGUUUCCAUUUGGGCAGCCACAAAACCAGGGGAAGAGGGGCAAGGGCCCAAAUAGACAGCCGCUGCAGCAUUCUGAUGAGAUCGUUUAUACAAAAGGAAACACCAUCCAUGCCAUGCCAUCUCUUGCCCAACGGUUGAAAGAACUCACUGGUGUCUCUGUAAUUGGUCUUCAGUAUGUGUGGGAGUAUCGCAGCCCCAGCAAGUCCCUUCCACCACACUACCACUGCAAAUUGUGUAAUGUAAUCCAAGUGCAAACUCAUAUGUUUGAGCAUAUCAAAGGAUGGAAGCACUCCUUUAGAUAUAUAAAAAAGGUACACCCUGACAAGGUUCCUUUUGAAGAAGAAGCUGUCCAUAAAGACCAAUCACUAAAGCAGACUAUUAAAGACAAUGCCAUGGAGAUUGAGAACACAGAGGGCAGGGGACAGCUCAAGGUCAUCUUGAAGGAACCAGCUGAUGUACCAGCAUUCAAGGGUUUCUAUUCAGUCAAUCCUGGGACUGCUCCUACAACAUCAGCCAAAACUAUGCCAUUUGGUCCAAAAACCCCAAGAAGUGGCUAUAGAAUGGAGGGCUUUGGAGGGUACCCAACAGUAAAGGCCCCUCCUCUUGAUUACACUCUGGACCACUUUCAUGAUGCGGACCAUGACCUAAUGGGAGAUGAAUAUGGACCUGGUGAUUUUGAUGGUUACGAACCCUCCAGUGACUAUGCUGAGGACUACAGAGAUAGACAUAUGUUGAGGCCCCUACCAAGGCCCCCACAGAGACCACUACCGAGGUCAAUGAACCCUCCUGCUUUGCCACCUCCUCGAAGACCUGCUAAUCCAAAUGGUGGGGACCUCUCCGGAACGCUGCUCACCUACCUGGAUACCUUCAAAAUCCAGAGUGAGAGCGAUGCCCAGCUGGUGUUAAAGGUGACACAAAAGUUGACAGAUGUGCUAAUGGAAUACAGACUCAGACGUGUCGAGGGUCCUCCUGUGCCUUCUGUGUUUCCACCCCCAGGACCCACAAUACCAAGUCGCAAUGAACAAUACACUGGAUAUCAAGGUUUGUCCAGGUAUACUGAUGCUCCAUCCCGGUACUACAACUGACAAUCUGCAGAUGAACAUUGCCUCUCCAAUUGUGAAUUCAUUGUUUUUAGGUGUCUUUUGUAGAUGUUCAAGUUUCAAACUAUUCCAAGAUAAAAUGCUUACAUACAUAUUUUAUGACUUAACAUGUUUGAGCUGUUUUAUUAAAGAGGAAAGAAAUGGCUGAA